CGCAGCAGUAGCGCGCCACAGUCAAUAUGGCAUUAGCCGCAAGCAGGACGCUCUUGGCGCUAUUCAUCACGUUUUGCGCACCGGGAUGCGGAUGGACAGCAGAGAAGCCUCUGCGGCCACACAGUGGGAAACAGACCUCUGUGGACAAGGGUCUGAGGGAGAGCUGGGAGCCUUCUAUCCAUCUGGAUGGAAGACCUGUGGACCGCUUUGUAAUCAGCAAACCCACACGGUCUCACCGCUUAACUAAAGCGGGCAAGGAAGGUCGUUCUCAUCUACUGGAGGAUGUAGACCCUGAAUGGGUUAACCUGGAUGGCUUUGCUGUGUUGGGCGGUGCACCUGUCAGCAACACAUCAGCAGGUCCUGUCAGGUCUUCACAAACUCCAGCCAGAAAUCAGCCAUCUGUACAGCGGGCCACCAGGGUGGACAGAACGGCUUACCCAUCAGGCAUGUCUAAUACUCGGACACAAAGGAGAGCGCCUCAGUCCUCUUCAGGUCCCAGGCAGCCUGAGAGAGCUUUGGCAGGAGGCCUCCUGCAGGAAAGAAGACGUCAACACCACAUCAAGCCUCAGUCAGACCAGAGGAACCGAAACACCCCUAAACUAACAUCUGAGUCCGUUCAUGUGGUGUCACUGCAGGCACAGAAAGCCCUGGGCCAGAGCGCACCCGCCAACAGAGCAGUUGCAACCAAAACAACCACACCAGAGCCACCGGAGUACGAGGCUCGGGACAUCAGUGUCAGGGUCAUGUCUCCACAGUCAGUCCUCAUCUCCUGGGUUGACCCUGCAGUCGAAAUGGGUAAAGUCGCCUCCGGGGCAUCCAGAUCCUACACAGUUAGGUACAGGGAGAAGGGUGAGUCAGCACGCUGGGAGUACAAGGACAGCACCCAGAGGAGAAUGAUGAUAGAGGCCCUGUCUGCUGACAGCAUGUAUGAGUUCUCUGUCAGAAUCUCCCAGGGAGAAAAUCAUGGCAAGUGGACUGUCUCCGUCUUUCAGAGGACCCCUGAAUCAGCACCAUCUGGACCACCAGAGAACUUCGAGGUCAAGCCUCUGCGAGGGAAAGGAACUGCUGUCGUAGCAACAUGGGAUCCACCUGAGGAACCCAACGGGAGGAUAAGAGAGUACAUCCUGUCUUAUGCUCCCGCUAUGAAGCCAUUUGGAAUGAAAAGUGUGACAUACCGUGGCAGCACCACCACAGCCACCAUAGAUGGUCUCACACCGGGAGACCGGUACAUCUUCAAGAUUAGAGCCACCAACAGGAGGGGGCAGGGACCACAGAGCAAAGCCUUCAGUGUUGCCAUGCCAGGAUCCAGCAGCACUGCCUCAUUGUUCCCAAAAGCCAAGGACACCCGCAGGACUAGCCACACUCCUUCCAAACAGGAUACCGACCAUGACGAAUCUGACCUUAUGUCAACAGAGGCACCAGAGGAGCCAACCACAACCUCCCAGCCACGCCCUGCUGCAUCGCCCAACAAAGUUAAUCGCCCUCUUUUCGACACACGCUCCUAUCACAGCAUCUUCUCCUCUGUAAGGGGCACGGUCAGGAACUCAGGGAACAGAGGUCCAUCAAGAGGAAGACUCCAACAUAGAAAAGAGGAAGAAGAAAAGAAAAUACCCACAACACCAGCUCCAACAGAAGAGACAACAACCAUGGAGGUUGUACCACAGACAAAAGAACCAGACAACAAUGUUUCCCCUGAAUCUGAGGACGAAGUGGAAUUUAUACCCCUGACUACUGAGACCCCCAGCCUCAAAGUUUUGACACCCUCACCAACUAAACCAGCCUCUGCUCGUGACAAUCCACCUCCCAGAAGGCCCAUUAAGAUCAGGGUCCAUAAAAAAACUGAAUCCAAGGCUGCUUCCUCCUCCUCAUCUGCUUCUUCAUCUUCUUCAGCUUCAUCCUCCUCAUCUUCUGCCACCUCGUCCAUUUCUUCCUCCUCCUCCUCCUCUUCUGGUUCCUCCUCAUCUUCUUUUCCCUCUACCUCUUCUUCGUCCUCCUCAUCCUCACCUUCUUCAGCCUCAUCAUCAUCUUCAUCACGUAUUCAAGAAUCAGCUGCCAGUCGAAAGGACUAUGUAGCCUCUACAUACCCAGAGAGCAAAGACACCUAUAAUAGCGCAAGCAUAACACGUAACAAAUCUAUCACUCCAGUAGUAAAACAGAACAAUUCACAGCAGUCAGAGGCUACAUCUGUAGGUAGAGGUUCAGCUUCAGGACGGCCCACCAGUGGGUCUAGUUUUGGUUCUAGAGAUGGUUAUGUACGAAAAAAUAACGGAAUUUUGUUCAGAGGGAAUUCAACACGAAUGCUGAAUGGUCAUCAAACAACAUCAAACACACGUACUUCAGCAACAUCACAGUCCACUCUACCAGACAGGACUCAAAACCAUGAAACAUCACAAUCGUUCAAUCCGACAAUGUCAAAGUCAACUUCAGGAAGUGGUUCUGACAGCCAAGCAACUUCUGAUACAUCUAAUUUUGACAAAUUGCAGACCAGCUCACAGUCCAGGUCAUAUGGCUCUACAAUGUCAGAUACACACAGCUCAAGCACUAAUCCAUCCACCUCGCAAAGCAGCUCACAACAUCCAUUCAGAGCAGCCACAUCAGGCUCUUCUCAGUCAAUGUCACACAGAAGAUCUCAUAGCUCUGCAACUUCACGCAACACACACAAUUCACAGAGUUCACAUACAUCACCUGAGCGGGACACAACCUACAGCAAGGGAAAUGAUGACAGUAAAACUAAAAACGCAGAUGUAGGAGUAGCCAAAGUUGAGGAGCCUUCUUCAAGCUCUGGAACACAACCCACUGAGGGGGGGAGAGGAGAGGAAGUAGGAAGGGAGGAGAGUACUCAGAAAAAACCAUUGAUUCCUCAUACUAGAAUUAGUCCAGCACUUGCUGAAAGAUUCCCUUGGCUAGUUAGUCGUUAUCCAGGCAGAUUCAGUUCAACACCAAGGGUGCCAUCUCCUAGGCAAGGUGGUAGGUCCUUGGUGAGGACUUCAUCCUCUGUAGGGGGUGGCAAUCCCAUCUUUGGAGGGACACCCACUAGGGUCUCCGGGGCCACAGGUGCUGCUGGAGUGUCCACUGUACAAGAGACCAGUGAAGAUCUGAAGACUCCUUCCACUCAUGACUCACUGAAGAAUGGGGUUGGGGUGGGCUCAGUUAAGCCUUCUUUGACCAAUAACAAUACAGCAUCUAGUGACACUAGAAUCACAUCUACCUCCUCUUCCUCCUCCUCUUCUUCUUCAGCCUCCACUUCUUCAGAUUCCCAUCAUUCCUCAGGUGGACACAGAGACCCAAGCAAGCCCAUCAAUAGAGGAACAUAUAAUGACAAUAAUAACAAUCACGAUAAGGAUUAUGUCGAUGAGGGGAGUAGAGAAAUAAGUGGGAAAAAUGAUAAAGUUGCAGAAUCCACAGUUGCCAAAAAGAAUCCUGCUAUAACAUCAGCUGACCCUCACAGAAGCCCAGGGGACAACGACAGUGUGGAUACAAGGGAAACUUCUUCUAGGACCAGGACUAGCACAUCCUUUGGAGUCACUCCAGCUCACCAUCGUCCUGGUGUAGGGGUGAAUGGGAGGGUACGCUCUCCUCUGUUGGCUAACAGGCAGUUUGGUGGGUCUAGGCUUCCCAUUAGACCACAAUCAGCACAGAACUCAAGGCUGGCUUCUUCAGCAACAACAUCUCAAUCAUCCUCAUCAUUGUCUGAUUCUUCUUCACCAAAUUCACCCCAGCCAGUGUUUACCUCAGAUCGUGAAGCUGGCACUACUGUGACAAAGACAGGGGGAAUAAUUAGAGGAAACUCCCAGUCUACAUCGUCAUCUUCAUCUAGAGACAGCUUUAGGGGACAGGGGGGUAGGUCUCGGUAUCCUAUCCUCAGAGGCAAGCCAACCAAUGGAGGAGCACUCAAACCUGCUAACGGAAAUGGUAAAAAUGGACGACCCAACCUGACAGCAACAAAUGAUAAAGAUUCCUCUUCCUCUCAUGGAACCAGUAAGGUUGUUGGUCAAAGGUUUAUCACUGGACCUGAUGGAACCAAAUGGGUGUUAGACUUGGAGCAGGGGGUUCUCAUGAAUCAGGAUGGACAAGUUCUCCAGGACUCUCAAGGCAAACCGAAGAGAGUGGUGCUGGGCGAAGAUGGACGCACAAUUUUUGACCAUAUGGGCAGUCCCCUGGUAAAUCAAGAAGGUAUGGCUCUGUUCGGCCACGGCAGAGAUAGCCGGCCUGUGGUCAACCCCAAAGAUAAGGUCCUCAUGGUUGGAGGGAAACCUGUACUUGGCUUGGACCUGCCUCAUGUCAGGACUUCCACCACCACCACCACCACCACCACCAUGGCUCCUACCACCACACCUGAACCCACCACCACUGAAUGGACCACAGAGGAGUUUACUACUGAACAGCCAUAUCCAACCUGUCCACCUGGAACCUUCUCUAAAACAGAUGAAUAUGGGUAUCCAGUGCUGGACCCUGAGGGAAUAUUGGACUGUUAUCCAGAAGAGGAAUCCUCAGGAAUGGAAAUGGACCACAUGGUUACCUUGACCAUGGUGCCUGAUGCUUUAGCUCUUAAGAAAGAUGAGUUUUUUGUUCAGACCACCCUGCCAUCAACCACCACCACUUCCACUACCACCACCACCACCACUACCACAGAGAGUUCAACUCCGGAGCCAUACUCCAGACCCUUCAACAAAGGCCCUUCAUCUGAGUUUGACCUCAGUGGGAAGAAGCGAUUUACAGCUCCUUAUGUGAACUACAUCCGUAAGGACCCAGGUGCUCCUUGUUCCUUGACAGAGGCUCUGGAGUACCUACAGGUUGACGUCCUAGAAGACCUGAUAAAGAAGGACAGUCUUGCGGCCACUCAGAACCAGCCUCCCAAAAACAAGCCCCAUAACCUCACUGUGGUCGCCAUGGAGGGCUGCCAUUCAUUUAUCAUCCUGGACUGGGCCCGCCCACUGAAAGGUGAUAUGGUUUCAGGCUACAUGGUUCACAGUGCUUCGUAUGACGAUGUCCUCAACAACAGAUGGUCCUCUAGAUCCUCCAGUGGAACACAUCUGCCUGUGGAGAAUCUCAAACCCAACUCUAGGUACUACUUCAAAGUGCAGGCCAAGAAUGUGUUUGGUCUGGGACCAGUCAGCGAUACACUCACCUAUGUCACUGAAUCAGACGAUCCUCUUCUCAUUGAAAGGCCACCUGGUGGAGAGCCAAUCUGGAUCCCCUUCACCUUCAAAUAUAACCCCACCCACAGCAGCUGUAAGGGAAGCCAGUAUGUCAAGCGGACAUGGUACAGGAAGUUUGUGGGCGUGGUUCUGUGCAAUUCUCUACGAUACAAGAUCUUUAUGGGAGACGGUCUUAGAGAGCCUUUUUACAGUAUAGGAGACACAUUUGGACAGGGAGAAGACCAUUGCCAAUUUGUGGACUCCUACAGGGAUGGAAGGACGGGCCCGGCUUACCUUUCAAAUAAUCUGCCCUCAGCACAAGGUUAUUAUCGUGCAUACAGACAGGAGCCAGUUACAUUUGGAGUUAUUGGCAGACGUACAUCCCAUCCGUUCGUGGGUUGGUAUGAAUGUGGGGUGCCCAUCCCCGGGAAGUGGUAACACAGGAGGAGGAGGAGGAGACGUUGUUACUAAGGGCAACUGCUCUGCAUCCUGCUGCAGGCCCACACCUUCACUGGUCCUGCCCUUAAACACAGACUUUUGCCUGCCACAAGAAAAAAACACCACUACAGAUUUAUUACAGCUUCACAGAAAGAGAAUAUAGUACUUUUAAACAACUCAGUGUAUAUCAUUACAAUGCACUUUUUAUAUAAAGCAGUCUGUAUAUGAGGGAAAAAGAAGCAUGUGUGCUCUUGCUUAGUUUAACUCUUUAACUGAAAGUGUCCUUGUACUAUUCCCAACUAUCCCUGAGACGGGUCUUUACCCAGUCUAAUUUAUCACAUCAGUAAUGCACACACACAGUCAAACCAGUGAUAUUGGGCCAAAGCACAAACGGCAAAGAAGACUAAGAAUGGACACUAAAGGUGUGUAUAGGUCUGUUAAUUUUCAGUUGUGAGAUUUGUAUUUCAUAAUGUAACGGCUUCUGACAGCUACUUUUUGUUUGUUUAUUUGUGUUCUUAAAUCAUCAUACAGUUUUGUUCUUUUUUCUAACACCUUUUUGGUAUUCACCAGAAUUCAUUAAGAGUUACUGUGUAAGUUUUAUAUGUAUACAGACAAAGAAUAAAAGACCAAAUAUUUGCUCAGGAACAGUGGGAGAUUGAAUAAAGGUGCUAUGGAAACCACA